GUGACGAAGGCACAGUCUCUCUACAUGAAGACCAGGCUGACUGUUCUAGCCUCAGAGAUGAAAAUAAAGAGAAUUAUCCAGACCCUGGAGCUCGCAUAGCGGAGCACGCACCCUCCUCGUGCGAGGCGCAGCAGGUGGAGCAGACCCUGGGGGUGGACGGCGCACUGCGACCCAACAUGGGCAAUUUCAAGUCCCGGAAGCCCAAAUCCAUCUUCAGAGCUGACAGUGGGAGGAGCCACGGAGAGAGUCAGGAGACAGAGCAUGUGGUGCCCAGCCGGUCGGAGUGCCUGGGUAGAGCAGGAACGCCAGCUUACGAGAGCCCGCAGCACAGCUCCUUCCGGUGCCAGGACACAGUGCGACUCCAGCCAAGACUAGACCAGAGGGCUGCUAUUUGGCCAAAGGAUGCUUUGGAAACCCAUCAAGACGUAAACGAGGAAGAAGCUGCCCAUGUGCACGAAGCCAAGGACCCAGUCCCAGCCUCAAGCCAGAGUGCACCGGCGGACGGAGCAGAUUCUGCAGACUCCAUGACAACCCACAAAGAUGGGCAAAACGAAGCCGACAGCACGCCUGAAGACAUGUCUGUCAGCACCAGCAGGCUGCUCUACCACAUCACUGAUGGCGACAACCCGCUGCUGUCACCGCGAUGCUCCAUCUUCAGCCAAAGCCAGAGAUUCAACCUAGACCCUGAGUCAGCCCCUUCUCCACCCAGUGCUCAGCAGUUUAUGAUGCCCCGAAGCUCUUCCCGGAGCAGCUGUGGCGACGGCAAGGAGCCGCAGACAAUUCCUCAGCUCACCAAGCACAUCCAGAGCCUCAAGCGGAAGAUUCGGAAAUUUGAAGAAAAGUUUGAGCAGGAAAAGAAAUAUCGGCCUUCACAUGGUGACAAGACUUCUAAUCCUGAAGUCCUGAAGUGGAUGAAUGAUUUGGCUAAAGGUCGUAAACAGCUCAAAGAACUAAAGCUGAAGCUGUCAGAAGAACAAGGGAGCACUCCCAAAGGCCUGCUGAGGCACCUGCCCUGUGAGCAACCAACAGUCCCAAGGGAGAAUGGGAAGCCGCAAGCGACAGGCCUAGAGCCCGUGUCCUUUGGAGAGACUUCAGAUGCUGGGUUGACAUGCCUGAUGGAGAAGAGAGAGUACUUCCCUGCCCAGGAGGAGCCUAAGGUAACCAAGCAGGACAAGAACCUCAUAAAGCCCCUUUAUGAUCGAUACAGAAUUAUCAAGCAAAUCUUGUCAACGCCUUCUCUUAUACCAACAAUUCAGGAGGAAGAGGACUCCGAUGAAGACUGCCCACAGGGAAGCCAACACCCAUUACCAGACCCGGGCUCUCGCCUUCCUGUUGGCGAUCACCUCACCUACUCUGAGGCCGAGCCUGUGAGGGCCCUGAUGCCAGAUGAGAAGAAGGAAGUGAAGCAGCCAGCUCUCUCCAUGUCCAACCUCCACGAGGCCACCAUGCCUGUACUUCUUGACCAUCUCCGAGAAACUAGGGCUGACAAGAAGAGGCUAAGGAAAGCCCUCAGAGAAUUUGAAGAACAGUUUUUUAAACAAACAGGAAGAAGCCCACAGAAGGAAGACAGGAUACCAAUGGCAGACGAGUACUGUGAAUACAAGCACACAAAAGCCAAACUGAGGCUCCUGGAGGUCCUAAUCAGCAAGCAGGAUGUGGCCAAAACGAUCUGAGGUUCAGGACAUCGCCGUCCUCUUCCCCCAAGAUAAAAAUCAAGCUUACUUUCCCGUGCCCUGUGUGUUAAGUAGCUUUGACAUAUUGAGAAUGAAGCACUUUAGUGCUAGUUAUUUUUAAGAAAGGACAGCAAGUUUAACUGUAUACUCUACUAGGAAAAGGGAAUUAAACAGGGAAAAAUGCAACAGGUAACCAUCUCAUUGGGAAAAAAAAUCAGCUUCCUCCAUGCCAAGGACAAAACUCAAUCAAUAGAAGUAUUUCCAAAAACUAAUAUUUGAUAAAUCUAAGUGACACAUACAUGGGCCACUUGUUAGAGAAAGUUUAUUUAGUGCCCAAAGAUUGUUUAUGUCAGUGUAUGGAAAAGAGCAUGAUUUUUUUUAAAUCAGAAAAGGGAAAGAGAUUCUGAUUUUAUAAAGCAAGGAAAGCCUCCAGUAAGAAAAUAGUUUAAUUGAAAUUUCAAAUUGAUUUUUAAGUGAUACAACAUCUACUGCCUCAUCCCUUAAGUCUGACAGACGUUCAGUGCCCUAAAUAGAAGUGUCACAGCUACUUUUAUUUCUCUAUAAAGAUAGCACAUUAUUUUAUCAGUUAUUUGCGCUUUUACAUUUCCAGUUACCAAAGUUCAUUCUGAUAGCAUGUACCUUGUGAAUUAUCUUUGUCUAUAACUGACAGAUGUUUAUAUUAAAAUAUUGUAUUAAAAUUUUAAAAUAGGUAUUUUGGAUAGAUGUGUCUUCAGUAUAUAAUCUAAUGUGACCAUAGUAUUAUUACUAAUCUUUUUGCUUAUUAUAAGAAUAUAUAACUAUUUUUCCAUCAGGAAUAUGCAUUUUUCUUAAUGUUGCAAGGUCUGUACUUUGUAAAGUGAAAAAUCUUUCUCAUGAGCUGUACUUAUUCUUUAUUCUGUACAAAAUGAAAGACUUAGAAACUGUUUGCCCUGGUACCUUGGGAAAGGACUCAGAAUAUUUUAUUUUCUUCAUCAAUUUUAGUCUAUUCUAGUUUGUGUUAUUUUGUACUAAAACACAUUUGUUUUUUAAAAACAAGUAAAAUGCUGACAUUUUCUUUCACGUAUGCAUCAUGUUUGUAUCUGUAUUUUCUGUAAUGUGUAAGCAUGAUACUGAAGAAAUUCACAUUUUCAUAUAGUUUAGGUGGGA